AUGACUAGUAGACAAGUCCGUUUUGCUAGUCCAGCAUAUUCAGAUGCUGCUGAUACGACCUCUGGCAACCUUGACGUUGAAUCCAACAGCUCAACACCCGGUGACAGGCCGAUUACGACACAGUGCGCACUGGAAGAGGAUCCAAUUAACUGGUGGGGUGCCUUCGUGCCUUUGGAAUCAUGGACUCCACCGAAUACGGCAAUGGUGCCAAGGUUCCGGGCAUACAACUUCGCUGCAGAGCUUCCACACGGCUAUGUAAGAGGGGAUGAUGCAUCGGCAAGAAGGGAAAGACGUUACGAUCUCUGUUUCAAUGGCGACUCUGAUGAAGUGAUAAUGAUGCUAGCAGGUGAGAAGUUCCAAAUGGAUUCACUGUCCCGUCUUAUGAUUGGUGAAGAUAUACGCCCGGGAUUCAGAACCAGACAAAUUAUGGAAACACCGGAAGAUAACAAUACAGUACAUCAAGGCACAACGGAAGAUACCGCCGGAUCUUGGGCACUACAGCAUACCGGAGGCGAACCAACGGGAACGGCAAAUGUAGCGCAUGAUAGCUAUGGCUCUGGAUUGCACGGUGCAGUGAUCGACACCUCCGCAUUGGCUUCCGUGAUGGCAAGAGAGGUAGACGAUCCGUACGACUGUGGAUGGGAGGAUGAUUCCAUUACAGGAGCUCUAAGCAUUAUAGAGGACCCAUAUGACUGCGGGUGGGAAGAAGAGCGUGAUGAGGAGUGGAUCCUGCCGGAUCCGCCGCAUGCCAACGGACCGGCAGAUAUACCGGACAUCAAUACACUCCUCCAGGAGGGCAAUGCAGACCCUUAUGACUGUGGGUGGGAAGACACGCAGGACGACAAGGCCUUCCUCUCGGAGGGCCUAGAAGAUCUGUAUGACUGUGGGUGGGAGGACGUGCAGGACAACAAGACCUUCUUCUCGGAGGGCCCAGACGAUCCAUAUGACUGUGGAUGGGAAUGCCUGUCCCAUACGGAUGCGCCCGCCUACGAUGUUCACGAGCUUGCAUGCCAAGAUCGGGUGGACGUCAAAAGGUUGGAAUCCGAUCACAUGACUAUGACUGCGGAUGGGAUGGAACAAAUGAGGUGCAUGGCAAAUCGCUCUACAAGACAAUGCCGGAUGUGA